GGUUGGCACUGCCUGCCGUGUGACUGGCCCUUUAACAGCUGAGGAAGGGGCUGCCCCCGGAGGAGGAGGAGGGAGCUGCCUCUGUCUGGUUGUUUGUAUCUCCCGUACACCGCUGUGGAUGUGCGGACAUGUAAGCACUGCCUGCACCGACAUGGACCGGGCCAGCCUCCCCGGGGGCGUGCGGGGGGACCCGGGGCAGCUCAUCCACAGAGCCCUGGACUUCAAGACCCACGGGGCGCAGUGCUACAAGGACAAGAAGUACCGGGAGGCCAUCGGCAAGUACCACCGGGCGCUGCUGGAGCUGAAGGGGCUCCCGGCGGAGCAGGACGGCCAGGAGCCCCGGCUAACGGAGGAGCAGCGGAGUGCGGCGGAGAGCAUCGAGGUGGACUGCUACAACAGCCUGGCAGCAUGUCUUCUGCAAGCUGAGCUGGUGAACUAUGAGCGGGUUAAGGAAUACUGCCUGAAGGUCCUCAAGAAGGAAGGAGAGAACUUCAAGGCCUUGUACAGAUCUGGAGUAGCUUUUUACCACCUGGGAGACUAUGACAAAGCACUGUUCUACUUGAAGGAAGCCAAGAGCCGGCAACCAACAGAUACAAACGUCAUCCGAUACAUCCAGUUGGCAGAAAUGAAGCUCAGUAGAUGUUCCCAAAGAGAAAAGGAGUUAUCAUAAUUAAGAAAUCUAUUUGCCAAUGGGAUCACAUGACUGUUUUAUCACUGCGAGCUGUGCGGGUCAGGGGUCCUGUAUACCUGACCAGUUCCACUGCUUUACAGACGCAAAGGACCUGGAAAUGUAAUUUACUGUAUGUGUAAUGCUGUCCUCUGCUGCAAUGCACUCUGCCACCUGCUUGCACCCGCUAUGUUGAAAAGGGAAGGAGGGGGUGGUGAUGUCGACAGGGUGCAGAUUUCACCUUAAACCCUCAUUUAUGUUUUUUAUUUGCUUAUGGGUCAAACUGUUUUUAUCUUCUGCAUCAUGUGAAGUCUUUCCGGCCCGGCUUGUCACCGUAAGCUAAUUUUAUAGAUCUGUACUUGUUAGAAACACUUCUACUGCUAAGGGCGAAAGCUCCAGCCCAAUUACAGAACAGAGGCAGGAAGCGGGCACUUUACUAAUGGCCGCAGUCCUGAUUACAGAGUAUAUCCAUGUGUGCAGAUUGUCGUCUCAGCCCAUCCAGCACUGAUUACAGGGAGCGAUACUGUACACUACUUCCCAUAGCGAUGCUAAGUUCUUCAUUACAACAACCUGUAGCCGAAAUCUAGAACAUUUCAUCUAAUAGGGAACAGACGUUCCUGAGCUUCUAACUAUACACAGGGCUUUCAUGGCUCCCCGCUUCUGAGCUGCAUGUUACAGAUUGUUGUAUGCUUUGAAGAAUGAGGACACCUACCUGACAACCUGUCUUUUUAUGUUAGAUUGUACAGUUUUCGCCUUUUACUACUGCAAUAGCCUGGGUUCAUUAACUUGAAUUAAAGAAGUACUUCGGGAAAACAUGAAUUCAAA